AUGAUUACUCCAGUCUCGAAUAAUAUCCAAAAUGAUUCAGAAUCGAAAGUCGCAAUAGAUACAACAAAAGUCUAUAAAGUUUAUCCAAGACGUUUUGGAAUAUUAGCUAUCUUUUGUAUAUGCUCGUUAUCCAGUGGUUUUCAAUGGAUUCAAUAUGUUAUUAUUCAAAAUAUAAUUGUUCGAUACUAUAAUGAAAGUUUACCCGACAGUUUUGAAGCUAAAAAUAAUGCUGUUACAUGGACGAGUCUUAGUUACAUGGUUACUUAUAUUCCUUUAAUGUUUCCUGCAAUGUGGCUAUUGGACCGUUAUGGAUUGAAAAUAACAUGUUCAACCGGAGCUUUUCUUAAUAGUUUAGGUGCAAUAAUAAAAUGUUUUAGUGUAGCUAGAGAUCGUUGGUGGGUCGCAUUUAGUGGACAACUGGUUUGUGCUUGUGCACAAUCGUUUACAUUAGGAAUUCCACCAUAUUUAGCGGCUAGCUGGUUUGGUAGUCGCAGUGUUUCAACAGUGACAGCCAUUGCCGUUUUUGGAAAUCAAGUUGGCAUUGCACUUGGAUUUUUGGUACCAUCUAGAUGGAUACCUGACGUGGAAGAUCUUGAUUUAAUUGGAUAUCGGCUAAGAAUACUUUAUUAUGUUGUAGCUUUUGUCUGUAUUGCUUGUUUUUUUGCAAUGAUUAUUGUCUUUCGACGUUUCCCUCCAACACCUCCUUCGAAAGCACAAGAGCUAGCUCUUCAAAAUACUGAACAAAAUUAUGGCCAAACGUUGAAACGUUUACUAUUUAAUCGAUGGUUUCUUCUAUUGUUAUUGUCUUAUGGUCUCAACACUGGUACUUUCUAUUCGAUAUCAACACUUUUAAAUCCUAUCUAUAUGUGGUAUUUCGAUAAAAAAACUGCUCAAGCUAGUCAAUAUGCUGGUACUAUUGGUAUGCUAUUAGUUAUCGGUGGUAUUUUUGGUAGUCUUCUUGGUGGCUAUAUUUUAGAUAAAUCAAAAGCAUACAAAAAAGUAACUUUCGGUGUUUAUGUUCUUUCAUGUUUAUCAAUGGUUCUGUUUGUCUCAACUAUAAGUCUUCAUGAAUAUGUAGCUUUUGUCACAAUGAUUAUUGUUGGGUUUUUUAUGACCGGUUAUUUGCCUGUUGGCUUUGAAUAUGGUGUUGAAAUCACCUAUCCAGAAAAUGAAGCUAUUUCAAGCAGUUUAUUGAAUGUUAGCGCACAGAUAUUUGGCUUGUGUAUAACACAGUUACAAGAAUUUUUAAUAUUUAAACAGGCAAAAAUUUUGGAGUCGAAUAUAAUGCUAUGCAUUGUAUUGGUAGUUGGUGCAAUAAUUACGCUACUUAUUCGUUCACCUUUGCGACGACAAAAUGCUCAACAUAGUACGCAUCAUGUGUUUGAACCUAAUAAUUCAGCUCUUGUGUCAAAUACAAAUUUAACAGCUAUAACAUGA